AUGACCCAAAACGCGCAUUCAAACGGCUCAAAGAGCCAUGCCGCUCACGACACAGCCACAGAACGGACGCCGCUUCUCGCAACAAACGACAUCACGCCAACGGCAGACCCAGCAGUAUCCGAAGCAACAACGCUACAUGGCUCAGGCUCAGGCACGUUUAUAGGAAACGCUGCCAGCGACCAGGAUGAGGACAAUGAACCACCUUUCCCGAAGUGGCAAAUUCUUUGGAUAUGCUUCGCUCGCCUGGUCGAGCCGAUGGCCUUCUUCUCCAUUUUCCCUUACAUCAACCAGAUGGCUCAGGAGAACGGCAAUCUUGAUACCGCCGAUGUGGGCUUCUACAGUGGACUCAUAGAGUCCCUAUUCUCGCUCACCCAGGCCAUCUUCAUGAUCUUCUGGGGCAAAGCCUCUGAUAGGCUUGGGAGAAAGCCCGUGCUCGUCUUCAGCCUGGUCGGUGUCACCAUUGCAACCUGCCUGUUUGGAUUUUCCAAGUCAAUCUGGGAGAUGAUCCUGUUCAGGUGCGCAGCUGGUGUCUUCGGGGGCACUAUUGUUACUAUGCGCACAAUGCUGGCAGAGCAUAGCACUCCCGGUACUCAGGCCGUCAUCUUCAGUUGGUUCGCCUUCUCGGGAAACGUGGGCAUCUUUGUUGGGCCUCUCCUAGGCGGAGCUCUCGCCGAUCCAGCCCACCAGUAUCCUGGAGCAUUUGGCCAUGUCAAAUUCUUUCACGAUUAUCCAUACGCGCUUUCUAGCCUUGUGGUUGGGCUUUUGGGCUUCGUCUCUGUCUUUACCAGUGCCUUCUUCAUCAAGGAAACUCUGGUAAAGGCACCCAGCUCAGAAAAUGGUACUGUUAAGCCAAAAGAAGAAGGUCGCGGCAUUUUGCAAAUCAUCAAGGCUCCAGGUGUCGCCAUGGUUCUAUACGUGUAUGGACACAUCAUGCUUUUGGCGCUUGCUUACACAGCCAUAUUGCCCGUCUUUUGGUUCACGCCGAUUGGAUUGGGCGGAUUCGGGUUCAGCCCGAUUCAGAUUUCUCUCAUGAUGGCUGUUAACGGUGUUGCUCAGGCAUCCUGGCUCCUUCUGGUCUUCCCGCCCCUUCAGCUUCGCUGGGGAACCAACAAGGUCCUCCGCCGCUGCUCAGAUGUAUAUCCCUUCUUCUUCGCCCUCUGCCCCUUGGGAAAUUAUAUCCUGAGAGGCGGCUUCGAUACGGCGUUUUGGAUAGCGGCUCCGAUCCUUCUGGCGAUUGGUAGCGGAAUAAGCAUGAGCUUUACGGCGAUCCAGCUUGCGCUGAACGAUAUCUCCCCCAGCCCCGCGGUACUAGGCACGCUCAACGCGCUCGCUCUGACUGGGACCUCGAUCUUGAGAUCUUUCGCGCCCGCUGCGUUCACGAGUCUCUUUGCCCUGGGGGCGAGGACGCAAUUAUUAGCUGGUUAUGCCAUCUGGGUUCUAAUGGUGGCCAUUGGAGUGAACUUUACGGUGAUCUCGAGGUACAUGCCAGAACCCAAGAAGAAUCCUGCUCCGAGAGAGCAAGCAGUAGAAGGCGAUGGAGAGGAGGCCACAUGA